UAUACACGAUAGGCACUCGUGUAUGCCACUUGACCCUCGUUGACUCGGGGUCUAUCUAUUACAUAAUCGUCAUGACGGUGGCCUGCAACAGGGGGCCAAAAUAGGUCACCAAUUCUUCACCUACGACUUUGCAAAAAGGAAAACCAGGGUAGGAGUGUCUUAAAAUGGCAGCUCUUCAACCUAGCCUGGAUGCAGCAAGCACUAAGGACAGACUCAAGGGGCGUGUAGCUAUAGUCACAGGGGGAGCCGGUGGUAUAGGCAGUGCAUGUGUACGACGCUUCUUGAAUGACGGAGCACUUGUUGCCUUCUUCGACAUCGACCAAGUUGCCGGGAAACAGUUGGAGGCUGAGCUCCGGGCGGCUGGCUUUGAGACGAAAUUUUACCAGGUCGAUGUUUCCGACAGAGAGGCGUGCUUCAAGGCCGUUAGCCACGUAGCUAACCAGUACGGUGGCUGCAUCAACUUUCUUGUGAACUGUGCUGCGGCAUUUAUAUAUAAAGCUCUAGAUGCCGACACGUCCGACUGGGCACAAGUCAUGAGUGUGAAUGUGGCUGGAUACUCGAAUAUGGUACAGGCCUGCUUUCCUCACAUGAAGACAGCCGAACCUGACGCCAGAUCAAUCGUCAAUAUAGCCAGUGUCCUCAGCCAUGUGGCAUCGGCCAGUAAGUGGACGUACUGUACCAGUAAAGGUGCCGUGCUGGAGCUGACCCGGUGUAUGGCACUGGACUUGGCCAAAGAUCACAUACGGGUGAACUCCGUGUCACCGGGAUCAAUAAAUACAGCAGCGUUCGCAAACUUCAUAUCAGGCGAUGAAGACCAAAAGAGGUGGUUUGAGGGAUGUCACAUGAUGAACCGUAUCGGAGCAUGCGCAGAAGUUGCCGCCGCCAUUGCCUUCCUCUGCAGCAGAGACGCAUCCUUCAUCACGGGCGCCGAACUCCCGGUAGAUGGCGGGUUCACGGCAGUAGGCCCUGAAAGGCAUGGGAAAGAAGGAGCCAAGUUUACGGGCAUGAUCCCAGAGUAGAUGCUGCGGCCGUCC